AUGACCCGUUUGAACCCUGCAGGAGAACUUCAGUUUGAUUCUGAAAUCGAGAAGACUGUGAGACAACUCCGCAAGGAAACUAAAUUAAGUAAAGCUUCUUCUUCUUCAUCUUUUGGAAUUAAUUUAGGAAAGGAUUUAACAAAUACGAGAGUAGUAGCAAUGGUCGAACGAGAGCUUACUUUGAGGGAGAUGGCUAUACCUGUCAUCAAUCAACAACCUCUGUGCAUUGCCUAUCCAAACAUCGAUGCCAAUUUUGAACUCAAAUCAGGUUUAAUCCAUUUAUUGCCUACUUUUCGAGGAUUAUCAGGUGAGGACCCUCAUAAACACUUGAAAGAAUUUCAUGUUGUUUGUUCCACUAUGAAACCACAAGGGGUAAGUGAAGAGCAAAUUAAACUACGUGCUUUCCCUUUCUCUUUAACUGAUAAGGCUAAGGAUUGGCUAUAUUAUUUACCAUCAGGUUCUAUCAAUAGUUGGGAUGAGCUUAAAAGACAAUUUUUAGAAAAAUUCUUUCUUGCUUCUAGGGCCACCUCAAUUAGAAAAGAAAUAUGUAGGAUUAGGCAAUACAGUGGGGAGACACUUUAUGAGUAUUGGGAGAGGUUUAAUCAGCUCUGUGCUAGUUGUCCCCAUCAUCAAAUUUCUGAUCAGCUAUUAAUUCAAUAUUUUUAUGAAGGUUUAUUGUUGUCUGACAGGAAUUUGAUCGAUGCAGCAAGUGGUGGAGCUUUGGUUAAUAAAACUUUAACAGAAGCAAAAAGAUUGAUCUCAACAAUUGCCGCCAAUACUCAGCAAUUUGGCAUUAGACAGGAUGUAACUGUGAGAAAGGUUAAUGAGGUAAGCAAUAAUAAUCCUCUUGAGCAAAGACUUGAUAAACUCACCUCCUUGUUAGAAAAAUUUGUAGUGAAUCACCCACAAGUGAAGGCUUGCGGCAUCUGUUCGAAUGUGGAGCACUCUACAGACGCAUGCCCCACACUUCAGGAGGACACACGUGAGGAUGUUAAUGCCGUAAGGGGUUAUCAGAACCAAAAGAGGUAUGAUCUGUACUCGAAUACCUAUAAUCCGGGAUGGAGAGAUCACCCGAAUUUUAGUUAUGGCCAAAAGAACAAUAACUUCCAACAGCCUAGAUACCAAAAUAGGUCGCCCCCUCCUCAAGCGUUUAAUCCAACACCCCAACCUCAGUCGAAAGGUAUGUCUCUUGAACAAAUUGUUACUGCACUUGCUAAUAAUACACAACAAUUUCAACAGGAGACAAGGGCUAGCAUUCAGAAUCUAGAAAAUCAAGUCAGCCAAUUAGCUACUGUUGUGGGAAGAUUGGAAACUCAGAAUUUUGGUAGAUUGCCAUCUCAGAUUAUGGUGAAUCCAAAUGGUAAAGAAUUGAAGGAUCCUGAAAAGAUGAUUCCAAAAUAUGCAAGAGAAAAGGAGAUCGAAUACGAAAUUGAGCCAAAAAAAGCCCGAAAAUUGUCACCUCCUGCAGAGAAGUGCAUGCCACCUUCUGUGGUCACUCUACCUCCUUUCUCGAGUCGACUUGCAAAGAAUAAAAAGGAACAACAAGAACAAGAGAUCCUUGAAGUCUUUCGCAAGGUUGAGGUAAAUAUUCCUCUUUUAGAUGCUGUUAAACAAGUCCCUAGAUAUGCUCAAUUCCUUAAGGAAUUAUGCACGUCAAAAAGAAAACUAAAAGGGGAUGAAAAAGUGCAUGUCAGUGAGAAUGUUUCAGCCGUUCUUCAAAGAAAAUUGCCUCAAAAGUGUAAGGAUCCAGGUAUGUUCACAAUCCCUUGCAAGAUUGGUAAUGUUAAAGUUCAGAAAGCUCUGAUAGAUCUAGAAGCAUCCAUUAAUGUCAUGCCUAGCUCAAUUUAUCAUUCUUUAAAUGUAGGACCUUUAAAACCUACCGGUGUAAUAAUCCAAUUAGCUGAUAGGUCCAAUGCAUAUCCUGAAGGGGUGUUAGAAGAUAUUCUUGUUCAAGUUAAUGAAUUGAUUUUUCCUGCUGACUUUUAUGUGCUUGACAUGGAAGAUGAUAACUCAUCUAAAUCAGUCCCAAUUUUGCUAGGAAGACCUUUUCUUAAGACAUCUAGAACAAAAAUCGAUGUUUCGGAAGGUACUUUAACUAUGGAAUUUGAUGGUGAAGUAAUUAGAUUCAAUAUUUAUGAAGCCAUGAGAUUCCCUAGUAAUGUCAAUUCAGUUUUUGUUGUUGAUGUAAUCGAUUCCCUAGCUCAACAAAUUUUUGAGUUGCAGGAUUCUGAUAAUUUGAAGGUUGUCCUUAAUAAAGGACUUAACACAAGAACAUUGCAGAGAAUUCAACAGAAGCUUGUGGUAGAUGACGGAUUGAGUGAUACGGUCUAUGAGCUAGAACCAUUCGAAAUAACCAGGUAUGAUGUUUCUUAUAUUUCAUUACCCGUUUCUAACUCAAAAUUACUUCCAUCAAUUGUGCAGGCACCCGAAUUGGAACUUAAGCCUUUGCCAAGCCAUCUCAAAUAUGUAUAUUUGGGAGAUAAUGAAACCCUUCCUGUGAUAAUUUCUAACAAACUCACUCUUCUUGAGGAAGAAAAACUCAUUAGAGUUUUUAGAGAUUACAAGGAAGCCAUCGGAUGGACCAUCGCAGACAUUAAGGGUUUGAGCCCAUCACUUUGUAUGCAUAAAAUCUUGCUGGAAGAGAACACUAAGCCUUCGAGGGAAGCUCAAAGAAGGUUGAAUCCUCCAAUGAUGGAAGUUGUGAAGAAAGAAAUAAUAAAGCUCUUGAAUGCCGGUAUGAUCUAUCCUAUUUCAGAUAGUGAUUGGGUAAGUCCAGUACAAGUAGUACCUAAGAAAACUGGUUUCACUGUUCAAAAGAACGAUAAUGGUGAGUAUGUUCCUGUUAGAGUUCAAAAUGGAUGGAGGGUUUGUAUUGACUAUAGAAAAUUGAAUGCUUCUACUAGAAAAGGUCAUUUCCCUAUACCUUUUAUUGAUCAAAUGUUAGAAAGAUUAGCUGGUCAAUCUCACUAUUGUUGUCUUGAUGGAUAUUUAGGUUUUAACCAAAUUCUAGUUGCUCCCGAGGAUCAAGAGAAGACGACAUUCACAUGUCCCUUUGGUACUUUUGCAUAUAGAUGUAUGCCUUUUGGACUUUGCAAUGCCCCAGCCACUUUUCAGAGAUGUAUGGUUAGUAUAUUUUCAGAUUAUGUGGAGAAUAUCAUAGAGGUAUUUAUGGAUGACUUUACUGUUUACGGUAAUUCAUUCGAAUCUUGUCUAAAUAAUCUGAUUAAAAUUUUGAAAAGGUGGAUAAAGGUAGAUAAGUCAAAAAUUGAUUUGAUUAAAUCCUUACCUCACCCAACUUGUGUUCGAGAAGUGCGUUCUUUUCUUGGACAUGCAGGUUUUUACAGGAGAUUUAUCAAGGAUUUUUCAAAAAUUGCCCAACCGUUUUCAAGACUACUACAAAAGGAUGUCCAAUUCGAGUUUGAUAGAGAGUGCAAGAAAGCUUUUGAUCAGCUGAAGGAACACCUAAUUUCUGUGCCGAUUGUUCAGCCACCCAAUUGGGAAUUACCUUUUGAGAUUAUGUGUGAUGCUAGCAAUUAUGCUAUAGGGGCUGUUUUAGGCCAGAAAAGUGGAAAAAUUUCUUGUGUGAUUUAUUAUGCUUCAAGAACUCUUGAUAAUGCUCAAAGAAAUUAUUCCACAACUGAAAAAGAAUUGUUGGCAGUAGUUUUUGCUUUAGAAAAGUUUCGCUCUUAUUUAUUAGGCACUAAAGUAAUUGUUUAUUUUGAUCAUGCAGCUCUAAAGUAUUUGCUUUCUAAGAGGGAAUCAAAGUCGAGGCUAAUUAGAUGGAUACUAUUGCUGCAAGAAUUUGAUUUGGAGAUUCAAGAUAGAAAGGGAGCCGAAAAUUCUGUGGCUGAUCAUCUAAGUCGAUUGGUGACUGACAAAGACCCUAUGCCUCUCCAAGAUGCUUUUCCAGAUGAGAAUCUCUUUCAUUUAAAUAGUAUUACACCUUGGUAUGCUGAUAUUGUUAAUUAUAUGGUCACUAAGUCAUUGCCGAAUGAUCUCACUAGAGCCCAAAAGGAAAAAAUUAAAAGUGAUUCUAAGUACUAUAUAUGGGAUGAUCCGUAUUUAUGGAAGCAAUGUUCUGACCAAUUACUUCGCAGGUGUGUACAUGAUAGUGAAAUUUGUGCUAAUUGUCAAAAGAGUGGGAAUUUAGGACAUAGGGAUCAAAUGACAUUGAACCCAAUUUUGGUUUGUGAAAUUUUUGAUAUUUGGGGAAUUGAUUUUAUGGGUCAUUUUCCAUUAUCUUUUGGUAAUUCUUAUAUUCUUUUAGCUGUUGAUUAUGUUUCUAAAUGGAUUGAAGCUAAGGCAACAAGAGCUGAUGAUACUAAAACUGUUGUAGGAUUUGUCAAGACUUACAUUUUUUCCAGGUAUGGAACACCAAGAGCCAUUAUAAGUGAUCGUGGAACCCAUUUUUGCAAUCGGGUCAUGGAGGCAUUACUUAAGAAGUACAAUGUCAAUCACCGAGUCUCCACAGCAUACCAUCCGCAAACGAGUGGACAAGCCGAAGUUUCAAAUAGGGAGAUUAAGUCUAUACUUGAGAAAACGGUAAAUCCAAAUAGAAAGGAUUGGAGCCUUCGCUUGGAUGAUGCCUUAUGGGCUUAUAGAACUGCAUACAAGACUCCAAUAGGUAUGUCUCCUUAUCGCUUAAUAUUUGGUAAAUCUUGUCAUCUCCCAGUUGAAUUGGAACACAGGGCCUAUUGGGCAAUCAAGCAAUGCAAUACGGACUUGAAUGAGACAGGUAAUCAUAGGAAGUUACAACUUCAAGAAUUAGAGGAAAUCAGAAAUGAUUCCUAUGAAAAUUCUCGGAUUUAUAAAGAAAAGACUAAGCUUUUCCAUGAUAAAAUGAUUUCUAGGAAAACCUUUCAUGUUGGACAAAAAGUACUCCUAUAUCAUUCUAAACUUAAAUUGUUUCCGGGAAAAUUACGAUCUCGUUGGAUUAGUCCUUUUGUUGUCACUAAUGUAUUUUCUCAUGGUGCAGUUGAAAUUCAAAGUACCUCUACCAAUAAAAAUUUUAAGGUUAAUAGACAUCGUCUAAAACCUUAUUAUGAAGGAUUUCAGGCCUAUAAUGUAGAGGAAAUAUCUUUGGCUCCCCCAAAUUGA